GGAUGAGUUUGGACCAGGAAGAGUAUAGUUUGGUGAAUAGUUUGAAUAGCAGAUUGAAGAAGUUUAAGAUUAAAAUACCAAAGAGUCAGGGCAACAAAACCAGGAACUUGUCAAGUAGUCAGCAAUUCAGAUCCCACAGUCAGACAGCUAAACCAAAAUCUUUGAAGGACCAGUUUGGUUCUUCUGGAACUUUUGCUCAAGCUUCAAAUAAUGAGCUUAAUUUGCCCCCUCUUCCUCCAAGCCUAAAGGAGAUUGGCAAGACUUCAUCUUUUAUUCAACACAGAAAGCGUGCUUUUGGGACUGUGGCAAAGUGGGACCCUGUACAACAAAAGGAAGUUAAAACGAAAGUAUGGGGUAGGACAGCCAUUACUUCACUUCAAUCCUUACCUAUUUCAACCAAACAUCAACAAAAAAGAAUUGUGAAGCUUACUAAAAAACUUAACAAAUUAAACACUAAGGCCAAACCUGCAGGUUUUAAUAGGCUUAAGAAGGAUUCGAAAGAAACUGUGCAAUCUUCUGUCUCUCCUGCCUCAGCACAAGCAAUAAUUGACAGAAGAGAGAGGAGGAACAGGCGUAGGCCUAAAAGCAACUUUGAUAAUAACUCUCUAUCGUCCAUGAAAAGUAGCCUCACAAUUCUAAGAGGAAAAACACUAAGGGAUUCUGGAGAUAUCAAUGGAGCAAGCCAAAAAGUCAGAAGAAUCGAGAAUAUUUGUAAGAUCAUGCUUACCCUCAAGGAUAGCAGCCAGAGUUCACAGAAAUAACAAGUUCGACCAAUUUGGAUUUGAUCCCACCAUUAAGAAAGAAUCUGAGAGAAAACAGGAUUCUCUGUCUUCAAGAAUAAUAAAACUAAGAAAGAGGAGGUAUAAGUUAAAUCAAGAAGACGAAAGUUCUCCUUUAAACAUGAUUCAGUCAAAGUUCAAUCAGCUAUACAGGUCUCUGAAGCAAUAAAUAAAGUGUGUUUAGAAGUAGUCAUUUCAAUAAA